AAUCACAACCCGAAGUAAUAAAAAUGAUUGUUCAACUACUAAGUAUUAUCCUGCUAGCGCAAGGACUGGUAGCCGCCCCGACCGAGAGAAUCAUCAAUGGAACAGACACCACGAUAGAGCAGAACCCGUUCAUGUUCUCGCUGCGCUCAGCAGCCGGUAGCCACUCCUGCGGUGGAAGUAUCCUAUCGAAUUACUGGCUGCUCUGUGCAGCACAUUGUGUCAACGAGUACACUAGCCCGAUGCUCCAAACAAUUCAAGUUGGUCGAACCGAAAUAACCAAACCGGCCGAUGAAUCUGUGUUCCAAAUCGAUCAGGUUAAAAUCCAUCCCAAUUACAAUCCAUCCGACAGCUACGUGAACGACAUCGCUGUGAUCAAGCUGAAGAAUCCGUUGGUGUUUAGCAACGCUAUCCAACCGGUUCAGCUGCCAGCACCGUUUUUCGAAGUACCAGAAUCGAACCCGGAAGUCACGCUGUUGGGUUGGGGCGUAACCGACGACGGAGCUGUCGCUUCGAUUUUGCAGAAAGUUGAUUACUACGUGGUACCGAACGAUGAAUGCAAUCAAAUUCACACCUACACGAUCCAUCCUGGCCACAUUUGUGCGGCGUAUCCUGGCGGCGGCAAGGGGCAGUGCAGUGGUGACUCUGGCGGCCCCUUGAUGCACAAUGGAGUACAAGUGGGAAUCGUGUCGUGGAGUAUCAAACCUUGUACUAUUGCUCCUUAUCCUGGGGUGUUGACCAAAGUUUCCCAUUACAUUGACUUCAUUCAGGAGAACACUGAUUUGGAUUUAACUGUAAAUGAAAUUUGAUGUUAUGAGAUGCUUUAAUAAAUGA